UAUUUUGAGCGGGCGGAUUUAUAACAAGAUCGGACACGCUACGCAGAGCUUCGCCGGACAAUUGUGUGGUAACGUAUCUGAACUUUGUGGUAUCAGACGUUAUAUUGUAGUUAGCAAAAACAAGGUCUACCUGGGCGAACCAUAGCCGUGGAUCGGCCUGAUAAAAUGGCGGCAGUUCGAUAUGGCGGGAAGAUACCACUGAAACUCCGCCGUUGGGCUCGCGUCCUUGGGGUGUCUGGUUGCCACCGGGCUGAUUUUGGGUUGUGCCAGCGCCCGGGGCGUCUAUUCCUCGUGAAGGCGAUCUGUCUACAGGCAUCCUUUCUUACGCGGGAUCACGUCGGGGUCACCAAUGUAGCGCUCGUCCACUACGGCCAGCCUUGAUCGGUCAUAUGUGACGAACAUGGCGGAAUCCACAAAUAAUCCGGAAGAUGACCGACUCUCGUGUAAGAUCCUGAUUGUCGGCGCCGGCAUGGCCGGACUGUCGGCGGCGAGUCACUUGCUGAAGAACGGCGAGACGGACUUGCUCAUCCUCGAGGCGCGCGGACGCAUAGGCGGACGAAUUGUGUCCGCGCAAAUCGGCAAUGAAAAUGUGGAAUUGGGGGCAAAUUGGAUUCAUGGCGUGCUAGGUAAUCCCAUGUUCGAGUUAGCAAUGGCAAAUGGUUUGAUAGACAUUGUACAUGUGCCGAAACCCCACAAAGUGGUGGCUGCGUUGGAGGAUGGGAAACAGUUACCAUUUCCUGUCUUGCGAGAGAUCUACGAGGCUUAUGUGUGCUUCUUGAGACGAUGCGAAGAGUACUUUCUGAGCACAUACAGUCCACCGGAUGGUAUCACUAGUGUAGGAGCGCACAUCGCGCUGGAAGCAGAGUUAUACCUUUCGUCUCUGCCGUCUGAGCAACGACGAGUGAGACAACUGAUCUUCGACUGUCUACUCAAGAGGGAGACCUGCGUUACAGGCUGCGACAGCAUGGACGAGGUGGAUCUUUUGGAAAUGGGCUCCUACGACGAGCUCCAAGGUGGAAAUAUUAGUCUUCCGAACGGUUACAGUGCUAUAUUGGACCCAGUUUCAAAGCACAUACCAAAAAGUUCUAUUCUUGCCCAUCAUGUCGUGACAAAGAUUAGAUGGCGUCCCCAGGAAGGCGAGGAUUCUACGGGAAACUCGAAUUCUAAAUCCAACAGCGUCAUAGAAGUACAAUGUGAAAACGGAAAAACGAUUACCGCGGAGCACGUGGUAUGUACGUUACCACUGGGCGUUCUGAAAAGGACAGCUUCGGAAUUAUUCGAGCCUUCGUUGCCGGCGUAUAAGCUCGAGGCGAUAAACAGAUUAAUGUUCGGUACAGUGAACAAGAUAUUCCUCGAGUACGAACGACCCUUUCUGAAUCCCGGUGUCUCGGAGGUGAUGCUCCUCUGGGACGACGAGCGUCUGCCCGAAGCAGAGAGGCGGGACGUCAGCAAGACCUGGUUCCGGAAAAUAUACUCGUUCAUCAAGAUCUCGGAUACCCUGCUACUGGGCUGGAUAUCCGGUCGGGCUGCGGAGUACAUGGAGAAGCUAAGCGCCGUGGAGGUGGCCGAGGUGUGCACGACGAUUCUGCGGAGAUUCCUCAACGAUCCCUUCGUACCGACUCCGAAAAGCUGUCUGCGCACUACGUGGCACUCGCAGCCCUACACCAGGGGUUCCUACACUGCGAUGGCCGUCGGCGCGAGUCAGCUGGACAUCCGGAGUCUGGCCCAGCCGUUGAUCCAGGAGAGGACUGAGACGGAGGACGGGAGGGCUAAGGUUCUGGUGGCCUUCGCAGGCGAACACACUCAUUCCUCGUUCUACAGCACCGUGCACGGGGCGUACUUGACGGGUCGAACGGCGGCCGAGUUGCUACUGGGGGUGAAGCAAAGCGAGAAACACGCGCUGAGCCUCAGCUGCGAGGACACUAGUGAUCUUAGCUCGUGGAUACAAGGCAUCUCUCUGAAUUAAGGCAUGAUUUCUCUUGUUCCGAGAAAGGAGAUGUAUUUAGCGGCUAUAUAUAUGCGUUACGUUUGCGAAAUUAUUAUUAUAUCAUUUUGUAAAUAUUAUAGUGCGAAAUUAUCAUUGUCUCUAUACACAUUUUAUGUACAUAAUGGUGCUUUUUAAAGUUUUAAGACCGCGAAAUACGGAUAAGGUGUGCAUUUAUCGUAUUAUGCAUACCGUGCCAUAAAUGAACGAAUAACGCAAUAGGCAUAAAACUGAGAUAGGAUAAAGAAAUUCACAUGACAUCGAUGUCAUCGUGAAUGAGAUCGACGUAGUAUGCGUGUAUGUAUGUGUUAUCAGGGUUGAGAAAGUUAUUUUUUUAAAUAUCUAAUUAUAUAGUUACAAUUUGUUAUUUUUUGAGUUAUUAUAACUGUAACUUGUUAUUUUUCAGAGGUAACUUUUUUGCAAUGACUAUAUUAUAUUUUAAAUAUAAUAGUCUUAUAUAUAUUUCAAUCUGUA